AGGGGCCCGGCUGACUCCGCCCCGGGCCAGGAAGUGACUCAAAAAACUAUUCGAGAUGCAGAGAAGAGAGGUCCCCGUUGGGUGAGGAAUCCGGGAAGGCCCGCCCAAGAUUCGGGCCCCCCGCCCUUCUCCCCUGGGCCGGGGGCGCGGGCGAAGCUGGGGCCGGCGGGCACCGAGAGGCGCCGGAGGGACUGAGGCGGCACGGGCGGCCGAGGCGGGCCGGGCGGCCAGGCAGCCAUGCCUACCUGGGGGGCUGGCUCGCCGUCCCCUGACCGCUUUGCGGUGUGUGCGGAGGCUGAGGACAAGGUGCGGGAGCAGCAACCCCAUGUGGAGCGCAUCUUCAGCGUGGGGAUGAGCGUCCUUCCGAAGGACUGUCCUGAGAACCCUCACAUCUGGCUGCAGCUGGAGGGCCCCAAGGAGAACGCCAGCAGAGCUAAGGAAUACCUGAAGGGUCUCUGCAGCCCGGAGCUGCAGGAUGAAAUCCACUACCCAUCCAAACUGCACUGCAUCUUCCUGGGAGCCCAGGGCUUCUUCCUGGAUUGCCUGGCCUGGAGCACGUCAGCACACCUGGUGCCUGGGUCACCUGGCUCGCUGAUGGUCAGUGGCCUGACUGAGGCCUUCGUCAUGGCUCAGAGCCGAGUGGAAGAGCUGGUGGAACGGCUGAGCUGGGACUUUCGGCCAGGGCCAGCCCCUGGAGCCGGAGUGCUGAGAGACUUCUCUGCCUUGCUGCAGGCCCGGGGGGAUGCCCACAGAGAGGCCCUGCUGCAGCUGCCCCUGGCCGUCCAGGAGGAACUGCUGAGCCUGGUGCAGGAGGCAUCCAGGGGGCAGGGGCCCCAAGCACUCCCCUCCUGGAAGUGUGGGAGCCCAGGCCCACUGGGUGCUCAGUACCAGGGAGUCAGAGCUCCCCUGAGUGAAGGCAGCGAGUCCCUGGACACUGGACCUAUGGGGCGAGGAGAGUCAAGGGGAGAGAGACAGGCUAUGGAGAAGGAGGGAGGGAAGCAGGGUGGUCUCAGGGAGAUGGAUUUGGGGUGGAAGGAGCUGCCUGGGGAAGAGGCCUGGGAGAGAGAAGCGGCCUUCAGGUUGCAGUCAGAGGGAGGAGAGGCAGGGCAGGUGGGGCCCUUGAAAGGGAAGGCCCUGGGGAAGGAGGAGGUGCCUCAGGAAAGAGGAAGUUUCUGUGUCCCCAGUGAGCCUCUUGGUGCCCAGGGUCCCUGUCAGAGGGUACCUCCGCCCCGGGGAGCCUCCCUCCUCCAGCGGCUCCACAAUGGGAAAGCCUCACCUCCAAGAGUGCCGAGCCCCCCACCUGCGCCCGAACCCCCGUGGCACUGUGGAGACCGAGGAGACAGAGGAGACAGGGGAGACAAGCAGCAGGUCGUGGCUCGAGGUCGGGGGUCUCCGUGGAAACGAGGCACCCGGGGGGGCAACCUGGUGACUGGCACGCAGCGUUUCCAGGAGGCCCUACAGGACCCUUUCACCCUAUGCCUUGCCAAUGUGCCUGGCCAGCCAGACCUCCGCCAUAUUGUCAUUGACGGCAGCAACGUGGCCAUGGUGCACGGCCUCCAGCACCACUUCUCGAGCCGGGGCAUUGCCAUUGCUGUUCAGUACUUCUGGGACCGUGGCCACCGUGACAUAACCGUCUUUGUGCCUCAGUGGCGCUUCAGUAAGGAUUCCAAGGUCAGAGAGGGUCACUACCUGCAGAAGCUGUACUCCCUCAGCCUGCUCUCCCUCACUCCCUCUCGAGUCAUGGAUGGCAAGAGGAUCUCCUCCUAUGAUGACAGGUUCAUGGUGAAGCUGGCCGAAGAGACUGAUGGGAUCAUUGUCUCCAACGACCAGUUCCGGGACCUGGCGGAGGAGUCUGAGAAGUGGAUGGCAAUCAUCAGAGAGCGCCUGCUACCCUUCACCUUCGUGGGAAACCUGUUCAUGGUCCCUGAUGAUCCGUUGGGGCGACACGGCCCCAUGCUGGAUGAGUUCCUGAAGAAGCCAGCCAGGGCACAGGGGUCUUCUAAGGCUCAGCCUCCUUCCAAGGGCUUCACAGAACAUGGUAAUCAGCAGCAGGGAAGAAAAGAAGAGGAAAAAGGCAGUGGUGGCAUUCGGAAGACCCGGGAGACAGAGCGGCUCCGGCGCCAGCUGCUGGAGGUAUUUUGGGGCCAGGAUCACAAAGUGGACUUCAUUCUGCAGCGGGAGCCGUACUGCCGGGACAUUAACCAGCUCUCUGAGGCCCUGCUCAGUCUCAACUUUUGAGCCUCACCUGCCUGAGUGGCUGCCACUUGGUCGGCUCCAGCCUCACCCAGCUCAGCCCCUUGUGUGAGGGCUCCCUCUGCUGCUCGGACCCUGACCCAGACUCACUCUGAGUCGGUGCUUUAGGUCAGGGAAGCACUGAGGAAGAGCAUUCACGUGUAGGGGGUAUUCUUGCCUGGGGCACUUUGGGGUCGGGUCCCUAAGUGACCUGAUCUCAUCUUGAGUCCGGACCUCAA